UAUGAUUUCUUUAGUAGUGUGCCUUUGUCAUUGAACUUAACAUCAGCUAAACAAUUCUUCGUACAAUAAAUUAACCCUUCCAACACAGUAAAUUUGCCCAUUAACGUGAGAGUGAUAAUAACUGAUUAGGAGAAAAGCUGCUAUAAAAUAUAAGACAGAAUUGUUUGAGAGGCACAGAAGUCAACAACAACACGCUCCUUUCAUCAAAAGCAAAAGCUACAAAACUUAAAAAAAAAAGAAAAAACAUGUUUAUGAUGAAAACGAGUGACUAUAUUCCAAAUAGAAAAAAUAAUUUAGGGUUUGUGAGGGUUGUGGGGCCCUGUAGGAAGCAGAAAGUAAACAAGGGCAAUAAAGGGAGCGUGUGAAGACAAAGGACUCAAAAAGCAAAGGAAGCCGAUGCCAGAAAGGAGAAUUGCAUUCAUAUUUCAAAACAAAAAGCUGAAGAACCUUUCAUGGCUCCCCUUCUUCUAUAUAUCAUCUUAUAAAGAAAAUUCACUCAGAUCAUUCAUUCACACAGCUACAUAUAUUUUCUUCUGUUUCCUUUCAUGCACCAAAGUACACAACAUCAUCAAAUCUUACUCACAAAAAAUCAUUACUAUAACUGCCACUGUCAUCACGUCAGCAAUGCAGCUAGGAAGCUCCAUUUCCAACACCAUCAAGUUCUUGCACAACACUCUUGAGAACUUCAAGUCUUGUUUCUCUCCCGGAUACCAGAAGCUUCCCAAGACACCUCCACAAAAUCAUUUCUUGGGCAUGGACAAUAACAACCCAUCUUACAAAGACUUAGAAAAGUUCUACAGUGACUUCACCAAGCAAUGGGAUUCAGGAAAGGAGAAGGGCAGGCAAAGAAGCAAGAAAAAAGGCAAAGAGGUUGCGUUGAACAAUGCAAGGCAUGAUGAACAGAAGAUGAAUGAUGAGACUGAGAAAAGAGAGCAAUGUGAGAAGAAAAAGAACGAUUCAUCGUUGAAUUCGAUGAAGGGUAGGAGGGGAAAUGGAAAUUAUUGCAUGGUGGAAAAGAAGCUUAGAGAAAUGGAGAUGUUGGAGAUGAGUGAUGUGGAUUAUGUACUUGACAUCGAGGAGGUUCUUCAUUACUAUUCUAGAAUCACUUGUCCCAUGUAUCUUGAAAUUGUGGAUAAAUUCUUCAUGGAAAUGUACUCUGAGUUCAAUGGUGGUCUUGUUGUUACACCUCGUACUCGUAGUAGUGAGUCUUAGAUUCCAUGACUUUUGUCUUGUUCUUUAAUGUUUCUGUCCAUGGAUGCCAUGGAUGAUUUCGUUUGCUUCUAAAAUUCAAAAUAA